ACGGGGAAAGUGGCCUUCCAACAAGAGAAACAGAUAUACAUCCUGAAAAUUCGAGUAUUCUUCGAUUUUCUAGGAGCCUGCAGCUAAACGCUCCGAAAGAAUGUCACGUGGCACUUCAGUUCGCGCAUAUUUUCCAAUAACCCAAUUAUCCUACUGCUUGCAAACGGCGUAUAUGCAUCUCGUAAAAUGAAAAUAAAUUUUUUAUGCGUUCAUCGCGCGCUAUUGAAAUUUUACGAUAGAGGGGUAUUCCCUAAUAGGUCUACGUGCAUAAACAUUCCCCUACAAUUUCAUUGACUACCCUUUUAACGUCGCGACGCUAGGGCGCGGUCGCCAGUGCACGGCGUCUAGUGCUGACGUCACGUCACCUGCAAUACCCAUUUCGACAGUGGUUGUAAGCGUCGAUUGUUUGUUAUAUGAUUUGUUUACAGAAGUAGGAUGGAUUUUAAGGAUAAAGUGGCGCUUGUGACUGGCGGUGCUUCGGGUUUCGGUAGGGCGUACUGCGAGGAGCUCAUUAGACAAGGAUGUAAGGUUGCUAUCUGUGAUAUUAACAAUGAAGCGGGAGAGGACUUGCUUCGGGCUUUAUCCAAACACGCAAGGGAUCGGGUUAUUUUCUGUCCGUGCGACGUUACGGAUUAUCCACAGUUCGAAGAAGCCUUCCAUACGACGAUGACCAAAUUAGGUGGUAUAGACAUUGUGAUAAAUAAUGCAUCGGUUAUGAACGAUCGGCUGUGGGAAUUGGAAGUUGACGUCAACUUGAAUGGAGUUAUUCGUGGACUUCUGUUAGCUUUUAGAUUCAUGGGGAAAGAUAGGGGCGGACGUGGAGGUGUCGUUGUCAACGCCGGUUCUUGUUGUAGCGCCAGACCAAUGAUUUCGCUUCCGGUUUUUACAGCAACGAAGCAUGCAAUUGCCGCCUUGACACGGUGUUAUGGUGAUCAAUACCACGUGAAUUUAACUGGGGUGCGCGUUUUUUCAGUGUGCCCCUCACCGACCGAACCCGCUCUAUCGGGGGAUCCCCGGAAAAGGCUUCUCAGUGGUGAAUAUGAACACGCAUGGCAAACCGACACCGGUAAUACGGUUUCAUUAAAGCCAGAAUACGUUGCCAAAUGUUUAGUUGACGUUUUAAAGAAAGCGCCCAGUGGAACCAGUUGGUUGCUGGAGGAAUCUCAACCAAUCAAAGAAAUUUCCUUAUUCCCGUUUUUUUAAACCUUUUAUACACAUAAACGUACCAAAGUCGAGUUUGGAAGAGACAAACUCCAUAUCAUUUUCUACAACUUGUACUUAAAAACGUAAGCAGGCUUCGUAGCAUUAAUGUAAUAUAAGUAGCGCUUAAAAAGUGUAUUAUAUAAACAAUUUUAUACCAUUUGUUGCACGUAUACUUAAAUGUUUCAUAAUUUUAAGCGGAAAUGAAGGCAGAAUGAAUCUUUGCGUCCAUAAGAAGUUGGAGUCCUUUUUGUUAGACGAUAUAUAAGAUAUUUGUAUAAAACCGAAAACGUAUUUGUAGACGUUAACAAAAAUUGUUGUUUGAAAGCUACGUUCCGUUAGGUUUGAAUUUUGAUAAUUAUUAUUACACAUUUAUUGUAAUAUUAUUAUCCAUGUGUGGUACAAUUAAGUGCGCUUGUCAUUACAUCUGUGAAAGAUUAUGUAUUAACAUUUUUUAAUUACACUAAAAAAAGCUCUCGUUA